AAAGACAUUGGCUAUUAAUCCUAUAGCUCAUUUAUUGUUUAGCUAAUAAUAGCACACAGCAGGCUUCACUGAUAGGCCUAUUAUACCCAGACAGCGAGGUGGAUUAAUGUGAGACAAGGAUUAAUAUGCCUAUUUUCAUCCCUGGCUAAAUCAUGUCUGUCUGUAUGUAUGACCUUCUGCCUGUCUGAUUAUUGUGGCAGUCUAUUCACCUAAUUACCCUCAUGAAAAUGAGCUUUUUAAUUAUAGAAGCUCAUCUCUCCCCACAUUUUUAACUGCAGAGACAGCAGAAAGUUAAAGUUAGCAGCAUCAAAGUGGUGCUGAAUUGUUUCAGGAGAAAGUGAAUAAAAAUGAUGCUUUUCUGAAUGGACUUUGGUGGAUGAGAUUAGUCAUAAUCUGGGUGUAAUUUACACUUUAUCAAUGGAGGAAAAAGUUUAAUCUUAAUGCAAAUUCACUUGGAGAGUUUAAAAAGAACAUCUGCAUCUUCUUAAUAAUGUGAUACUCUGAAGUUAAACUGGUUUUUAAGCAGAAAUGACAGGAAAUUACAGUAUGCAAGCAUUCACCCCAAGUGUUGUGACCCCCCCCAACACACACACACACACACACACACACACACACACACACACACACUCUCUCUCUCACACAGUCUCCUCACUCCACUCUAGUUUUGCAGUGCCCAACGUGCAGAAGAACGCAGCGGAGGGAAAGAAGAUUUGACUCGCUCCUUCUCCACACUGCGCAGCAUCUGCAGCCAAAUGCGUUGCAUUCCAGCUCUCCAGCUUGUACUUGGAGCUUCCAUUUGAUGGGGCAACACCGAAGUCCUCUUUUGUAGUUGGGAGGUUUUAGAGAGAGCAGCGCUGAUGUGAGAUCCGAAAUAAGGAGACAUGUCUGCCGCUCAAGGACUUCUCAACAGCGUCUUCUCCUGCUCUUCUCCUGCGUCCAAAGCCAUGACCAAGCGGAGGCUCCGCCAGACCCGCAGCCUGGACCCUGCAAUUAUAAGACACUGUGGCACCGGUACUGAAGGAGCAAGUGGGGCACCAACUUCUGGAGCGCCAACGGCGGCGGCGGCGGUUACGGACGCAGGUGCGUCUCCGGAGAGCUCGGCUGCGAAGCCGUCUUUACGCACCAAGAUCCCGACACUUAAAGAGCCCAUAACCCCGUCCUUAUCUUCCCCCUCCAUACCUCUGGAUGUUUCUCCAUCCUCCAACUUCCACUUCGACUACGACGUGGUGAAGCGUGCCAAAAGGAAUACCGCCGGGGAUUUACCGUUUCUGGUGAGGGGACCCGGUGCCGCGCCGUCCGGGAGCACCGGCACGCUCUUCUCCCCGCGGAGGUGGCUCCAGAGGAAAGUGCAGCCGUCCAGCUCUCACGCUUACGUUGUGUGGAAAUCAGAGGGUGAUUUCACCUGGAGCAGCCUGUCGGGACGGAGUGUGCGCCUGACGCCAGUUGCCAUCCAGAGCCUGUCAGAGCUGGAGAGGGCCAGGCUGCAGGAAGUGGCCUACACCCGUUUACAUCAGGACUACGACCUGGGAUGUCAGAUUACCAUGCCAAAAGAUGGACAGAAGAGGAAAAAGUCGCUGAGGAGGAAGUUGGACUCUCUAGCAAAAGAGAAGAGUAAAGACAAAGAAUGCAUACCGCAGGCCUUCAGUAUACCGCUCUCCCAGGUCAUCGCCAAUGACCGAACACACAGGCAGCGUCAGGACGGCUAUCGUCAGGACCCUCCACAGCGAGAGGAGCACAAGGACUCCUCUGACCUCGUCUCGUCCAUUUUACAGUUUGCCACCAAGCGGCCGUCCAAUAAGGAGUUAUCCAGCAGUAACUCCUCACUGAGUUCUACAUCGGAGACUGCCAAUGAGUCAACAUCGCCCAACACCCCCGAAGCUGCACCCCGAACACGCAGGAGGGGAGGCAUGUCAGUGGACUCCAUCACCGACUUGGAUGACAACCAGUCACGGCUGCUCGAGGCGCUCCAGCUCUCCCUGCCGGCUGAAACGCCGAGUAAAAAGGAGAAGCACCGGGACAAAAGGCUGAGCCUCAAUCCCAUCUACCGUCAGGUGCCGCGGGUGGUCGACAGCUGCUGUCAGCACAUUGAGAAAUAUGGUUUGCAGACUGUGGGGAUCUUUAGAGUGGGCAGCUCCAAGAAGAGAGUCCGACAGCUACGUGAGGAGUUUGAUCGUGGUGUUGACGUCCAGCUGGAUGAAGAGCACAGCGUUCACGAUGUGGCCGCUCUGCUGAAGGAGUUCCUCAGGGACAUGCCCGACCCUCUACUGACCAAGGAGCUCUACACUGCCUUCAUCAACACCACAUUGUUGGACCCAGAUGAGCAGCAGAAUGUUGCCCAGCUUCUGGUCUACCUGCUCCCAGCAUGCAACAGCGACACGCUUCAUCGCCUUUUGGAGUUUCUGUCCACUGUGGCUGAUCACGCCCACGACCGACAAGACAAACACGGACAGGAGAUCACAGGGAACAAGAUGACGUCUUUAAACCUGGCCACCAUCUUUGGCCCCAACCUACUUCACAAGCAGAAGAGCUCAGACAAAGAGUUCAGUGUCCAGAGCUCAGCCAGGGCCGAGGAGAGCACGGCCGUCAUCGCCGUGCUGCAGAGGAUGAUCGCCAGCUACCAGACCCUCUUCAUGGUGCCUCCGGAUCUGCAAAAUGAGGUGCUGAUGAGUCUUUUGGAGACAGAUCCAGAUGUAGUGGACUACCUUCUGAGGAGAAAAGCAUCACAGAGUCCUGACUUGUUGCAGUCUGAGGAGCCCUUCACCCUGAGCGAGCGCCGUUCAUCCAGUGACUCUAACAAAGCGUCCAGUGGCGAGGUGUCCCCCUACGACAACAACUCCCCGGUACUGAGUGAGCGGAGGGGGGAGCUGGGGAGCCCGGGCAGCGAACAGCUUUUCAGUGUCCCCGAGCAGUACACGGUGGUGGGGCAGGUAGCUGGUUGGAGCAGAGACCCCGGGGCAGCUGACAUGUGGGGUGCUAAAGACACUAUAUCAGAGGAGCACGCAAACAUUUGGGGGACGUGGCACAGCACUCUGAAACCAACACUCAAGGACCAACCAUACACAGGUUCCCAUGGCAACAUGUCAGAGGGAAGCUCCCGCAGCUCACAGGAAGGUCUCGACGGACUCCAUGGUGAUGGGAGGCAUCAGGCAACGCUACAACGGACCCAGACAGUGCCCAGCGUCACCGAGUGCAGACCCCACCCCCCGGUCACCAGAGUGUGCACAGGCCCUCACGUCGAGUCGGGGCGACCGCGCCUGCAGCUAAACAUCAACCCCCCUGCGAUGACGCACCACAACAGCACGCAGGGCCUCCAGCAGGCGAGCGGAAUUAACACGACCCCCAGACCUCAAGGCGGGGUGAACGCUUCAAGCGAUGGUGGCCCAGCCACGCUCAACGAUGCCCGCUCACCACCCCCUUACAACGCCCACCAUCGACUGGCUAGUUCUCAAAGUUCACCUCAGCUUGCGGCGGGUCAGCGGCCCCCUCUGCAGCACGGGAGGCCCGGUGCAGCGCAGAGUAAUUCAGCCUCAACGACGGAGGCCCAAAUGGUGCCGCAGAGCCCAGAGUGGCAGGACUGGCAGAGGGACCGGUGGCAGAUCUGGCAACUGCUGUCCUCAGACAAUGCUGACACACUCCCUGAAACGCUGGUGUGAUCUCAGACCACAGACUCCAGCUUAAUCUCUGUAGCGAUUCUGCUCUGCUAGCCAACCAGUGGCAUAAUCAAACCCCUCCUAUUGACAAUCCCUCUUCACCCUUACCCCCCAUUUUUCCUCUUGACCUGCCUUUUAUCCACGGAUUCCAUCCUUUCCCUGAACCUUCUGUGCUUCUCCUGCAUCUUAGCGCCAUGGCGUUGUUGUUUACGUGUGCAGCUGCUGCCUUAUACAGACUUUUACAUCCAAGAGCCACUAGUAUUCCUUGUUUUGUAUGGAUAUUCAAAUGUUGCUUCUGUUCCUAGCCCAUAUGUUUUUGUCCAUAAUGACGAGUUGGGAGCAUUAAAAAAUGCCCAAAAGAAAUACCUCAAAAAACUAUUCGUCAGAAUGUUACCACGACCACAUUUUCUAUUCUGAGAGAGUUCAGUCUUCAUAUCUCAAUUGAGAACAAUAGGAAAGCACCAUUUGUUUAGUUUGUUACAUUUUUUUAAGGUUUCAGCAUAAGACACUAAGAUGUAUGCAUUAGUAAUUGCUGCUAAAUGUAGACUUUGUGUGUGCGUACUCUCCAUGUAGUUCAGCCACAUCUGUCUAAAAAGAUCAAAUGUUAAAUUACUUUUCAGUGUCAGAUUAUGUUUGACUGUAUAUAUAUAUACACACACACAAACUGUUGACAAACAUACUUAUACAAUAUAUAUGUAAAUUGACAUGUAAAGUAUAUAAUUUGCCAAUCUACCUAAAAGUAAGUCAGCCCUUUAACAGGCAGUCUGAAUGUUGGUGUUUGUCAGACUGCUGUUUUCUGUCUUUAAUAUUGAAUGUAAAAUGCUUCACUUAUGGCAAAAUGCUUAGACCUAAUUAUAAAGCACUUGGCUGUAAGUUUGCUUAUAUGUGCUCCUGCCACCUGCUGCACUGCAGGAACAAUGUGCCAAAGUCUGUUUUUUUUUUUUUUACUUCAGGAUAUUUAUCAUACAGUUAAUUUCGUCCAGUUGCUCAUUUCUAAGGAGACUCAAGAGCUUGGGACAUUGGCAGGAAUUUCAACAUAAAAACAUUUACAACACAUAUUUCGUCAUCAGGUUGGUGUGAGGAUCAUAUUUCCAACUAUUUAUAAAAUGACUAAAUCAAGAUGCUCAAACAUAACAACAGUAAAACGUUUAUGAAUGACACUCUGACUGAUCCUUUUUUUAUUAUAUCUCUCAUCUAAGACUGAAUAUUCCAACUGGGUGUAGACUCAUGACCUGUCUAAAAGGCUUGAUGAAUUUUUCCUCAUUAAAAGUCUAAAAAAUUUAACUAAGGAGCUUAGAAAAGAAACUUCAAAUGCAGUGUUGCUACAAAUCCAGCUGGAAAUAUGCUUUCUGAAUAGACCCACAACCAACAGGUCCAGAUCCUCUCACAUGUCACAGUCAAGUGGGUAUUUGCUGGCAAAUAUUUCACAUUUUCUCAAGUUUUGGUGUAAUAUUUGCUACUUCACCGCAUUAAGUCUGGAAACACACUGUAUUUAAUUCGACAUCUUCUCAUGUCGUCCUUUAACUGCUUGUCACUUGUAAGUAACUUUGAGGAGACAAUUGAAGUGAGCCCUGCAAGUGCAAGAAGUGGAAGGACUACUGCGAGGUGUUAUGGCGCCAUCUAUUGUCAGAACAUGUGCACCAGUAUGCUGCUGCUGCUGCUGCUUCCCUGGUACAGAGUUUCCAUGGCAUCCAUCUGCUCUCAAUUUAGAAUCAAAGCUUGUGAUUAAAAGCACCUUUUGUGAAAAUGUACAGAUCUGUGUGAGGAAAUAAACGUGCCAUAGAUCUCACUCUUAAAAGUUUCUCCAUGCGUUGCUCAAGGUUCAUAUUGUGAAUUUUUUUGUAUUACUUUUUUUUUUUUUUUUUUUUUGAGUGUUGUAAUAUAUAAAUACAAUAUAACAAUUUUUAUUCAAGAAGAAGAAAAACCGAUUCAUCCUAAUGGUCCUAGCUUUGUGUCCCCAAACCAAGAACAUGUCUUGUUGACUUCACUAUGAAACUAAGAGAAACAUUUUUGUUGUUGUUGUUGUUGUUGAUAUUUUGGUGGGGUUUACUGGGUCCAAGUUGUAAUGGAAUAUCUGGUAAUUGCUUUUGUACUGCGUGUCAUCAUCAAUAUGCUACUAUGGAAUUAAAUAUGAUAAAGUUUA